GAAAAGAAUGGAGUGCUACCUGUUGGGGAUUUACCUGUUCCUCGCGCUCGCCCUGCUGCCCCGCUCGAGCGGCACCACGGCCAAGGAGAUCACCUGUCAGGAGAUAGCCGUUCCUCUGUGCAAGGGCAUCGGCUACAACUACACCUACAUGCCCAACCAGUUCAACCACGACACGCAGGACGAAGCCGGCUUGGAGGUGCACCAGUUCUGGCCUCUGGUGGAGAUCCAGUGCUCGCCGGAUCUCAAGUUCUUCCUGUGCAGCAUGUACACCCCCAUAUGCCUGGAGGACUACAAGAAACCCCUGCCGCCGUGCCGGAGCGUAUGCGAGUGAGCCAAGGCGGGCUGCGCCCCGCUCAUGCGGCAGUACGGCUUCCCUUGGCCGGACCGCAUGAGGUGCGAUUUGCUGCCCGUUCAGGGCGCGCCAGACACGCUGUGCAUGGACUACAACCGAACCGACUCCACCACGGUGUCGCCGGUGCUGUCCAAACCCACCAACUACCCCAGCAAAGCCUUCAAUCCGCACAAAAAGAAAAGCGGGCGAGCGGGUGUUGGACCCAAAGCGAGUAAGCCCUGCGAGCCGGGCUGCCAGUGUCGCGCGCCGAUGGUGGCUCUGAACAGCGACCGACACCCGCUGUACAACCGCGUCAAGACGGGUCAGAUCCCGAACUGCGCCAUGCCGUGUCACAACCCGUAUUUCACCCAGGACGAGCGGACUUUCACGGCCUUCUGGAUCGGACUCUGGUCGGUGUUAUGCUUCAUAUCCACUUUCGCCACCGUGGCUACGUUUCUAAUCGACAUGGAGCGCUUUAAAUACCCCGAGCGCCCGAUUAUUUUCCUCUCGGCGUGUUAUAUGUUUGUGUCGAUCGGCUACAUUGUGCGAUUAAUUGCCGGGCACGAAAAGGUGGCGUGCAACCGGGAGUACGACGUCGAGCACAUCCACUACGAGACCACCGGCCCCGCGUUGUGCACCGUUGUGUUUUUGUUGAUCUACUUCUUCGGGAUGGCCAGCUCGAUAUGGUGGGUCAUCCUCUCGCUCACCUGGUUCCUCGCGGCGGGCAUGAAGUGGGGCAACGAGGCCAUCGCGGGCUACUCUCAGUACUUCCACCUGGCCGCCUGGCUCAUCCCGUCCAUGAAGUCCAUCGCCGUGCUCGCGCUGAGCUCGGUGGACGGCGACCCGGUCGCCGGGAUCUGCUACGUGGGCAACCAGAACUUGGACAACCUGCGGGGCUUCGUGCUGGCGCCGCUAGUGAUCUACCUGUUCAUCGGCACCAUGUUUCUUUUGGCCGGAUUCGUGUCGCUGUUCAGGAUCAGAAGUGUCAUUAAGCAGGGUGGCACUAAGACGGACAAACUCGAGAAGCUGAUGAUCCGGAUCGGGAUCUUCACGGUGCUCUACACGGUCCCCGCGACCAUCAUCGUGGCGUGUUACUUCUACGAGCAGCAUAACAGACAGAGUUGGGAGAUCACGCAUAACUGUUCGUGUUUAUUGGAGCAGGAGGUCAAGAGGCCGGACUAUGCUGUGUUCAUGCUCAAAUACUUCAUGUGCCUUCUGGUGGGCAUCACCUCUGGAGUUUGGACCUGGUCCGGUAAGACCCUGGAGUCCUGGAGGAGUUUCUGCACGCGCUGCUGCUGGGGCAGCAAGGGCUCCGGUGGCUCCAUGUACAGUGAUGUGAGCACGGGUUUAACGUGGAGGUCCGGGACCGCCAGCUCGGUGUCCUGCCCCAAGCAGAUGCCUUUGUCCCAGGUCUGA